AUGUCUGCAGAAGCUCCCGCGCAAGAUGCGCCUCAACAAGAAUCUCGACCGCGGAAAGACAGCUUCUCUGGAAAGUCGCAAACUUCGGAGACUUCACAAACUGCGGCUGAAUUCAUUCGAUCGCAAGAAGCUCUCGAAGCUGAUGCCCGCGAGGCUUUACCCUAUAGCAUUGACACAUGCACCAAAAUCCUCGGGCCCCUGCGACAAGCCGUUUUCGCAUGCUUAACUUGCAAUCCGCCUCCAGCUAAAGAUGGCGACGACUGGACACCCGCCGGUGUAUGCUACGCUUGUUCUAUCCAAUGCCAUGGCGAACAUAACCUCGUCGAAAUCUUCCAGAAGCGCAACUUUACAUGCGACUGCGGUACCAAGCGCAUUCCCUCGACAAGCCCAUGCACUCUCCGUCUGAACGAGGCAACCAACACUCGAGGCGGGGUGCAUUCCGAAGAACCUGAUGUGAACAACAAAUACAACCAUAACUUCCGCAACAGAUUCUGCGGUUGCGAUUGCGAUUAUGACCCGUUCCAACAAAAGGGCACAAUGUUUCAGUGUCUUGGCCUAGGAACGGUAGAGACGGGCGGAUGUGGCGAGGAUUGGUAUCAUCCAGGAUGUCUUGUCGGCAUGGGACCUAACUGGUUCGAAAAGAUGGAAAAGCCGAAGAAGACAGCACCGGAAAACAAUGAAGAAGGAAAAUUGACAACAAUUGCCGAGGGCAAUGAAGAGAAACAGGACCCUGCCCAGACCGCUGGCCAGGACAAGGAGAAGGCCGCUGAAAAUGCGGUUGAAGCAGACGAGGGUGAAGAUGAAGAUGUCCCUAUGCCCCCCGGAUUCCCCGAAGAAGAUGCAUUCGAAGCUUUCCUGUGCUACAAGUGUGUCGAGGCGCACCCGUGGAUCAAGCGCUAUGCUGGUACUUCAGGCUUCCUUCCAGCCGUAUUCCUCAACCAACCGGAUUCCGAGCCAAAGAAGGAGCCCGAGUCCACGAAGGAGGAGUCUGUCCCUGCAACUGAGACUGCAGUUGCAGCUGAGGCUGGCCAAGAUUCACGAAAGCGCAAGGCUGAUGACGACGUAGAGGAGCCUACAGAAGUCAAGCGCGUCAAGAGUGAAUCUCAAUCCGGGGACGAAAAGCCUAAUGAAGAGGCAACAUCCACGGACAAGCUCCCCUGCAAGCUGAAAGACCUCCCACCUGCCCCUGGAGGACAGUUUUCUCUCUUCCUCAAAGAAGAAUUCCGUGAAGCCUUCUGUCGCUGCUCAUCUUGCUACCCCCAUCUCAACCCCCACCCACAACUUCUUGAGGAGGAAGAGGUCUACGAACCCCCUCUGUCUGAUGGAGGUUCUCAAGUCGACGGUAACGGUGGCGGCUCGCACGGAAGUGGUAGUCUUCUAGAGCGUGGUGAAAGCGCUCUUCGCAACGUCGACCGUGUGCGAGCUAUUGAGGGCGUGAUGGCUUACAACCAUCUCAAGGAGCAGCUCAAGCCGUUCUUCCAGCAAUUCGCCGAGAGUGGACAGGCAAUUGGAGCUGAAGACAUCAAGGCUUACUUUGCUAAGCUCAGAGGUGACGAGAAAGGUAUCGAAGAAGCUGCUGCAGGUGCCAAAGAUGGAGAGGGUAGUGGCAGUGGCGAUGGGGAUAACCGAAAGGAGCAGAGCGGGUUUUGA